UCGCGUAGUAGCCCGCCCUCUGGUUGCUAAGGCGAACCUGGUGCUGUUGCUGCUGCACUCUCCGCGCUGAGUCCAGCGCCACAACAGCUUGACACAGAUGCCCUGAAACCAAAGAAAGACGACCGUGUGGCGGGACAGAUGUAAAGUAAAUUGCCUUUAUGUCAGUGAGCAUUUUGAGAAAACCGUCUGUUGUAACUAUUUCGAAUGACGUGAAAUGGAGAGAUAUUGAAAGUAAAGAGGGCCAUGCGUUUUCUGUAUGCUAGCUAGCUUAAACUUGCAGGUGUUUUUCCGACAAGCUGCCGUUUGCUCUGUGAAAUUAGCCGAUCUCCUGGCUAGCCAGGUGGCUUCGUAACUCAACCAUCUGAGAAUGUUCUUCACAUUUAAGUCUGCAUAAACUGAGUAGUGCCACAGCUAGCUACAGCAUUUAACUUUGCAAAUCAGUAUUUGUCUUUUUUUUUUUUUUGCAUUGCAAAUGAUGCUUUACAUAGUCGAAAUGAGCUAGCUAGAGUGAUGAGUCAGUUUGAAUACCCAUUGCCAUAGAGGCUGUAAGUGAAGUCCACUACAAGUUCUCUUAUAAACCGCUGUGUUAUCCGGCUACGUUGGUAAAAUCUAGUUCUUGAUCCACUUGAUACCGCACCACUGUCGCUAGCUCACCAUAACGUAAGCCCUAAUUACACACUGCACACUUUUUGCACUUGCAUUCAUCGGGCGAACAGAUAAGUUUGUAUCAUUUGAAAAUGUGAAAUCCUACUAUAUCAAGAGUAAAUUCCAUUUUCAAAAAUGUACCAUUGAGAUUCGUCUUUGAAAUGGUCUGACUUCAACGCGUAAGAAUAUCGGAAAUGACAAAAUAGCUUAAAAAGUUGGGAGGAUUCGCCGUGUAGUGGUGAAAAUCACCUGAUCCGUAGACGACUGCAGUACUGUUUUAGAUAUGUAGCUGUUUAGAUCUACCCAUGCUGAAAGAGGAGUGAAUUCAUGCGCUUCAUCGAAGUACCAGUUAAGGUCAAAGGAUGGCUUUAACCCCAUAUCCAUUCGUCUUUAAUGUUUGUUCGAACUGCGAUAGGUGUUCAUUUUAAAAAGCCUCUAAUUACAUCAAAGUGUAUUUGCGACCAAGGAUACAAUAAAAUUCUAUCUUUAAAAAAAACAUCGCUUUGCAGUUGCAGGAUACAGUACAUGUCAGCGCAUCCUACUGUACUUGGUGAAGGCUUGAAGAUGAAGGACAAAGCACCUGGACCACUUCCGCCAUGAGUUUAUGAGCAGAGACCCCAACGCCUAUACCACACCCACCAUGAGUUUAUGAGCUGGAACCAUAGCUAAUAUAGCCAGUGCAAUGUCUUCACCAGCUCCAAUGUGUUCAGAUAUGAGGUGGAAACAAGACAGGAUGUUUUCUUUAAGAUGUUUUAUUUCUACGGAUUGAAUGACACGUGGAUCGCUGAGCACACAGGAUUAUGAAUUUAUUCUGCUCAAAUCUGAUUUUGCCACAGUCAUCGGCUGCUGAUAUAGUCUCAAAUUCUCUUUUACGAGAUGUUCCGACUGGUGUUAUGACGACAACUGACUUGGCCUAUUGGAUUUCAAAUCUGCAAGCUGGCACUCGAGAGCUAAAUGCUGUUUAAAGUGCAUGCACAGCUACAGCUACAAAUCUGGCCAAUUGCUCACUACUUUACAGUUUACAACUCGCCCAAGAACUCCAAAGCCCUCAAACAAAUGAAGUGGAAACGUGCUGGUCACUUAACGAGUGGCAGCGUCACGCAGAUUUAAAAAGCAAGUAUGCCUUUAAGAAAAAAAGAUACGGCCCGGGCUCUGGACCUGCUGCAGGACUACUGUUCCACGCUGAGGAAGCCAGAGGAGCAACACCUCAAAGCUGCCAUCCAGCGAGUGGUGGGCAUCUUCAGAAGCAGUCUCUUCCAGGCCCUCAUCGACAUCCAGGAGUUUUACGAGGUGACCCUGCUGAACGCUCAGAAGAGCUGUGAGCAGAAACUGGAGGAGGUGUCCCACAUGACGGAGCUCUGUGAGAACCCUGGAGCGGCCCAGCCUGCACCCCCAAGCGCAGACCUGCACCCAGCCUGUGGCCAGCCGAGGGUGAUGGAAAAGGGACACAUGGAGCUGAGUGUAGAGGAACUAGCAGCCGACAGCAACGCUGCUGCAGAGAACAGGCCGCCGGCGGUUCAGGGCACCCAACACCAGACACCAUCUCCGGCCUGUACGAACCCAAACCCGAACCCCGCCCUGAUGAGCUCGCCCUGGUACCGCUACCAGGACGACGAGUCCCUGCCCCCCGAGCACAACUUCCCGCGGCUCACCGACGAAGUGCGGGCGCCCGAGCUAGUGCACGUGUCGGAGAAGAACCUGUCGGAGAUCGAGAACGUGCACGGAUACGUCUCCCAUUCUCACAUCUCGCCGCUGAAGCCUGCUCUGGUUACCCGGUUUGAUCUAACAUAUCCGGGCGUGACCGCCGCAAACUACCUGGCAAGCCCUGCACCCAUCAUAGUCAACACGGACACUUUGGAGUCAGUACCUUACGUCAAUGGGACAGAAAUUGAAUAUGAAUUUGAAGAAAUUACGCUAGAGCGGGGUAACUCAGGGUUGGGGUUCAGUAUAGCAGGUGGGACGGAUAACCCGCACAUCGGCGACGACCCCGGAAUCUUCAUCACUAAGAUCAUUCCUGGGGGUGCGGCAGCCGAGGACGGGAGGCUCCGGGUGAACGACUGCAUCCUGCGGGUGAAUGAGGUGGACGUGUCCGAGGUGUCUCACAGCAGGGCGGUGGAGGCGCUGAAGGUUGCCGGCUCCAUCGUUCGGCUGUAUGUGCGCAGGAGGAGACCCAUGCUGGAGACCGUGGUAGAGAUCAAACUCGUCAAGGGACCAAAAGGGCUGGGGUUCAGCAUCGCAGGCGGGGUGGGUAACCAGCACAUCCCUGGUGACAACAGCAUCUAUGUCACCAAGAUCAUCGACGGAGGGGCAGCGCAGAAGGACUGCAGACUACAGAUCGGGGACCGCUUGCUCAUGGUAAAUAAUUACACUCUGGAGGAGGUGACCCACGAGGAGGCAGUAGCCAUUCUGAAGAACACUUCAGAUGUGGUGUAUCUGAAGGUGGGGAAGCCCACUAAUGUUUACCUUUCAGAUCCCUAUGGGCCUCCCGAUAUCACCCACUCAUUUUCCCCUGCUAUGGAUAAUCAUAUUUCUUCCGCUGGUAAUAACGGGACUCUGGAGUAUAAGUCCAGUCUUCCUCCCAUCUCCCCUGGACGCUACUCGCCCCUGCCACGCCAUCUGCUGGUGGAGGAGGACAUUAACAGGUUGGAUGGCUUUUCGUUCUUACGAAAUCCCUCCUUGGAUGACGGGGAGGGCCACAGGUUCGAUACCCAGCACUUCCAGUUGAGGCCUCCAGAGCCCGUUUACAGCACUGUGAAUAAACUGUGUGAUCGUGUCCCCUCUCCCCGUCUCUACUCCCCCGUGGAGUUCGAUAAAAGCCCACUACACGCCAUCCCCUUCCCUCACUACCACUUAGGUCUGCUCCCUGACUCCGACAUCACCAGGGAGCCCAGGAAGAUCGUGCUGCAUAAAGGCUCCACUGGACUGGGCUUCAAUAUCGUGGGUGGCGAGGAUGGUGAGGGAAUCUUCGUCUCCUUCAUCCUGGCCGGAGGACCCGCCGACCUGAGUGGAGAGCUCCGCCGAGGAGACCAGAUCCUGUCCGUAAAUGGCAUCGAUCUGCGAGGCGCCACUCAUGAACAAGCCGCAGCUGCGCUCAAGGGGGCAGGACAAACGGUCACCAUCAUCGCCCAAUACCGGCCUGAGGAGCUUGCAAUGUGCUCUCCACACCGGGCCCUUCCUCCAGCCACAGAGUACGGGCGCUUUGAGGCCAAAAUACAUGACCUGAGAGAGCAGAUGAUGAAUCACAGCAUGAGCUCCGGCUCCGGAUCCCUCCGCACCAACCAGAAACGCUCUCUCUACGUCAGGGCCCUCUUUGACUAUGAGCGGGCGAAAGACAGUGGCUUACCCAGUCAGGGACUCAGUUUCCGAUAUGGAGACAUCCUGCAUGUCAUCAACGCGUCGGAUGAUGAGUGGUGGCAGGCACGGAGAGUCACUCCGGAUGGGGACAGUGAAGAGAUGGGUGUCAUCCCCAGCAAGAGGAGGGUGGAGAGGAAAGAGCGAGCUCGCCUAAAGACAGUCAAGUUCAACGCGAAGCCCGGCAGCAUCGACUCUAAAGGGUCAAUCAGUGACAAACGUAGAAAGAACUUCAUCUUUUCACGAAAGUUCCCUUUCUACAAGAGCAAGGAACCGGACGAGCAAGACGGCAGCGACUCGGAGCGGAGCCAAGAGGACCUGAUCCUCUCCUAUGAGCCUGUGGUUCGGCAAGAGAUUACCUACGCCCGCCCUGCCAUCAUCCUGGGACCCAUGAAGGACAGGAUCAACGAUGACCUCAUCUCCGAAUUCCCAGACAAGUUUGGCUCAUGUGUGCCACACACCACAAGAGCGAGGCGGGAUUACGAGGUGGACGGGCGAGAUUAUCACUUCGUCACCUCCCGUGAGCAGAUGGAGAAGGACAUCCAAGAGCACAAGUUCAUCGAGGCCGGCCAGUACAACGACAACCUGUAUGGGACCAGUGUCCAGUCAGUCAGAUACGUGGCUGAGAGGGGAAAGCACUGCAUACUGGACGUAUCUGGAAAUGCUAUCAAACGAUUACAAGUAGCACAACUAUACCCUAUUGCCAUCUUUAUAAAGCCUAAAUCCACCGAGUCUUUAAUGGAGAUGAACAAGAGGCUGACAGAAGAGCAGGCCAAGAAGACGUACGACCGCGCCAUGAAGCUGGAGCAGGAGUUCGGCGAGUACUUCACAGCUCUUGUGCAGGCAGAGACGUUGGAGGACAUUUAUACUCAGUGUAAGAUGGUGAUAGAGGAGCAGUCUGGCCCUUAUAUCUGGAUUCCCUCCAAAGAGAAGCUAUAAGGAACACAUUCCCCUUCCAGGGACAUUGGACUGCAAAAAAACAUAGGCAUAAUUUGUAACAUAUGAUAAAUUAUUAUGGUAAUGUUUAUUGUUGAUAAUUAUAGUGAAUAUUAUUUUGUUUGUUAUGUUGGAUUUUUUUUCCACUUUCACUAUGAAUGUUCCUGAAUGUACUCCACAAAGUGUUGGAAAACAUUUUCUGGGCCUGGAAAAAAAACAAAACACAAAAACGGACCAUUGUAAACAAAUUGCUUAGUACUUUGAGUUAAGAGAAGUCACUUGACGCACUGGAAACGAACGUCGGCCCCUUUGCCGGCGUUCGUCUCGGCCGUGAUGUGAAAGGGAAGGACAGGCGCUCGCAGGUCACGGCAUCGUGCGACGGCCAAGCUUCUGGCGCCCGGCCCCCGGAGGAGCUGAUGGCCACGUGGCCUGCCUCGCUGGCGUCGGCCCUGGAGCUGGCUCUCUCCGCUUGCUCCGUCUCUCUGCAGCUCUCCUCGUCUCGUCCACUCUGGGAUCUAUGCACUCCCCUGGCCCCUCGACGCACGCUGGUUCUCUCCCCUUAGGCAUAUGUUUUUGUAUUUCUUUUUGCCACCAGAACCCACUUUGUCUGAAUGAUUCCUUAAAGAUUUCUAGUUUUAAAUUGUAUAUGUAGCUAUGUUUCUAAAUUAAACUUUGAGAAAAAGUCAAAAGAUGCUUUAAUUAGUGUAAACUGUAAAAGGGAUACAACUAAGUAUAGGAAAUUUGACAUUAUAUUUUGCUAUUUAUAUUGAUAGAGGGCACAACAGAACAGAAAUAUUUAUAAAGAUAAUGUAUAACUUUGUUUUUAAAAAAAAAAAGACUACUUUUGAACAAAAGCUUUUACUGGUGUGAUAUAGUGUUGUAGUAGACAUAGUUUUGGUGGGGGUGUUUAUCCUGUGACACCUGGUCUUCACUGAGAAGGCGUGGCUGUGCAUGCGUGCGUGGAAAUGCAGGAUGGUGACCAAUACAGGUUUCUCCCUUCCAAAAUCCAUUUCAGAAAAACUCAUGUUGACUCAACUUCACUGAAGUUCGUUUUUACCCAAAUCCAAACAGGUGGCAAAAUGUUGACAUUUGUGUGUAACUAAAGUGUGUGUAACAUGUGUGUGUAACUAAAGGUCUUGGUAGAUGGCACAGAUAAUUAACGCGCACACGUACACCCCUCUUAUUCUCAGACUUGGAGCCCUUGCCUGAAUUAGUGUAACGCUUUCGCAAACUUUAAACCACAAGGCAACAACUGAGCCGCAGAUGUUGACAUCCGGAAGUAAAGAUGUGUGGCUGCAGGGGUGCUGAUGUAUUGGUCACCACUUGCCUUAAAGAGGAAAUUUUUUUUUUGACCAGGAAGUUUUUUUUUUUAUUGUUUAUGUGUGGGGGUUUUUUUUGUUGUUGUUUUUAAUGUUGCACUAACUGACCACAUCUUUGUUCAUUUCAUUAUUAUUCAAAUGGUUGACUGCUAGUGUUGAGAGAGAAUAUGCAGUUAUGGUUAAUAUAAUUAGUUUCUUUCUGAUAAUGCUGAUAACCACUAUCAUGGUGUACUUAACCAGUAGGUAACAAUUUGGAAAAGCUGAAUGCUAGGACCAUUUUCCUUCAAGAUAGAUUUAAGAUAAAAUAAGAUUUCUGUUGUGCUUGUUAUCUGUAGCAUGUAAUUCCUCCUAUCAUCAUUGCACACAUUUUUAGGGUCUGAAUACUUUCCUGUUAAGACUCUUAGAGUGACAUUUGAAGGGGAAAAGCUAUUCACCAGGAGCCGGUUCACUCCAUCGAGUGUAAUACAUUCAAAGUUCUAAUUUGUGUGACUGAUCUAAAUUUCUGCUCAUUGAACAAAGUACAAGUAGCUCUACCGUGACAAACAGCCCAUUAUUAGUUCAGUGCAAGCAGGCCUUGCAGUGUGAUGUUUCACAUUACUGCAUCGCCUUCUUUCAACGCAUGAAAUCAAAUUUGUGUAUAUUGUUCAGUUAAUUUGAUUAUGUUGCACAGAGCACUGAGUGCAUGUGCUGUGGUUUGACAGGAAACAUCAUCACCUUACAAGCUGAACUGGAGAGAGGCUCUCUGAAGCCUCACGGUGCUCCCCAGAGCCUGUAGUCCCUUUUAAAAUAAUCAGUGCAGUAAAAACUAAACUGAAGCUGAAUAGUUUCUCAGGGUUGACACAUAGGGUGUAAUAACAGAUCAAACCAAACCCCUUGUCAGAGGGCAACAGUUUAAAAUUAAGUUAAAAUUGAAAAUAAAAGGUAUUUUAUUUUUUAAAAAAAGAAUUACUUAUUUUAUGUUGCCCUGUACACUUUUUCAUUUUCAUCUUCCUUAGCACACAAAGGUAUUGUAUAAAUAAAAUACAAUUUUUUAUUUUCCCUGAUCCUACUUAAUGUGCAAUCUUGUAAAUAAGGUUCUAUUGGCACUUUAGUCUGUCAGACAGGAAACAAGCCUGAACACCACCACUAUACCCCCAUCACCAACCACCUUCUCCCGGGCCCACAGAUAGCAACUUUUAGAAACACUUGAUGCUUCCCUUUCAUCCAGACUGUACAUAUUGUUUGUGUUGUUUCAUUCCAUAGUUGUAAACAUUUAAAGUACAUUUAACACCAGUGAGACUGUACAGUUAUCACUGAUGUCUGUUCUUAAAUGAAUAAUUGAGUUAUUUUUUAUUUUUAUUUUCAAAAGGGAAAAAAAAGUAAAAAAAAAAAAGAAGUGUCAUUUGCACCAUGUUGACGUAUGUACUCCUGAUUGCUUUGAAGACUCACAAUAAAACUUUGCUUUAGGCAUUAUAUGAAGGCACUCCCCUAAGCCUCCAUUUCCACUAAUGUAAAUUAAAGCUUUCGUGAGACUU